ACCCCUCCCUUCCCCUACACCUACGUCUUCUACGCAACAACCGACGCCUACGCCUGCUCAGUCCUCAUAAACAUCCACCUCCUGACCUCCCGCCACAAAACCNCCCACCGCAUCUUCAUCCUCUUGGCCUCUGACAUUUCAGCUGUCUACAUUUCUGCAUUUCGCCAAGCAAACGUAACACUAUCGUUCCAGUCACCACCUCCUCUACAUAAAAGCUCGGAAGCUGGAAACUGCUAUACCGAUUGUUUGUUGAAACUUCAAGCGUUUAAGCUGCAAGAGGUGGAUGAGACGCUAAGGAGGGUGAUGGUGUUGGAUGCUGAUCAGUUGAUCCUUCGCUCCCUCGACCAUUUGAUCUUUUCCCUCGACGACAACAAUUUCAGUAUAGCGGCACCACAAGCUUAUUGGUUAGACCCCGGCAUCUUUUCGACAGCAUUGAUGGUCAUCAAGCUCUCGACAUCCCUGAGCGAAAAGGUUGAGAAGGCGAUUGAGGCUAUAGAGAAAAAUGAAUAUGACAUGGACGUCGCUAACAGAGUGUUCGCAACAGAAGUGCAGUUGUUGAAGGGAAAUUACGUGGCCCUGAACAGUCAUUGGGAAGAUUGGAAUCUGCCCGUGUGGUACAAGAAAACACAACUCACAGCCAGAAGAACUCGGAAAAGAGGGAUGAUGAUAAUCUUGGAUCAACAGCAAGAAUAUCCACACCCCUCAACCGGCAUCCUCCCGCCUAUCCUUCCCAACAGCCCCCAGCCCCAANAACCCAACACCCCAUACCUUACCCCAGAAACCAGCAACAACGAAAACGACUUUACGCAUCGCAGAUACUACACCGAACUAUUCGACCUCUACACUCAAAUGGCAGUCCUGCAUUUCACAGCAAUGGGCAAGCCUUGGAAUGUGAAUGAGCAGAGGCUUGCUGCAGAAAGGCCAGACGCACAUCCAUUGUUCAAAGAACAAUUCAUGAUGUGGAGAGAGAUUGCUGCAGAG